AUGGACCCCUCUGAUGUUCACCCUGACUCCAAGGACUAUGAAUUCUUUGUGAAGGAGUACAAAGCUGAUGUUACAGCAACUCGGUUAAUUGAGGCAUGGAAAAACCAGGCCCCGGUGUAUCCCCCGCCCGCGUUUAUUGCGGACACACAGAUAGCCGACUAUCUCGUUAUUGAGCAUGUCGACCCGACUGACGUAGGAUCAUUCCGCGCUGAAUCACCCCUCAAUUUGCCCGCGAGCGAGGGGGACGUUUCGGAGGUGGCCUUCUCGCUCGACAGCGAGAGGGCCGCGCCACCCUUCUUGUGUGGCCGCCUUGCCGCGCCGUCUCAGAGCCCCAUCCGUCUUUCCAUCUCCUUCUCUGGCUCUGCUACCACCCUCGUGCCUUUCCAGGUAAGCUCACUGCCCGCACACUCCCGCCCCGACCGCCGCGUGACUAGCAGCAUCGGUCAUGGUGCACAAGGUAACACGCAUGCACACAGCUACUCCAUCCCCGGCCAGGACCCCACAAGCGGCUUUGCACCACCACCGUGCCCAAGCCUACCCACGCAGUCCACACAGCUCAUAUGCGGGCUCAGUGCUCAGCUUCGACGGCGAUCACUACGUCCAGCGCGCAGAUCGCCCUCUGCGCAGGGUGACACUGCCGAUCCCGAUCUGACGGACGUGGACUAUGUCGUCCCUGGUUUGGUCUGA